AUGGCCGGCCCCGACGAAUCCAACACUUACCGUGAGCUUCAGCCUCGCAGCGCUCGCUUGCUGAGCGCUGCGAGCAUUGCAUCCAGCCACCCAUUCAUGCGUCAAUCGUAUUCUACCAUCCGACAUGCCGGCCAAAAAGUAACAAUCGGGCCCGGAAGAGACGGAGCAUUCACCUGGAAGACCGGGUUUCUUUCUGCUUUCCAGCUGCCGAAUUCGUUGCCGGCCAGCUUCACGCCAUGGGAGGAGACAUUGCACCGACUGCCGUUUCUUUUGCGGCAAGGAAAAGCCCGCAAGGUUAUUCACUCAUUGCCGCCUUUGACCCACGAAAUGCAUGCCCUACCCAGUCAAUUCUUGACCCGAGCGUCGAUCGUCAUCAGCACUUUGCUUCAUGGUUAUGCCUUUGAGGUCCGGCACCGCGGGGAUGGAAAAACACUCAAUUCGCUGCCACCGGACCUGGUUGCGGCAUGGAGGAUGAUCUCGUCGCGACUGAACCGACCCAUCAUGAAUCGAUCUGCGGGGGAUGACAUUCUCAAUAAUUUGCAGGUAUCCGGGUCAUCGGCGUAUCUGCGUAUCGAAUACUUCAAAUUCCCGGAAGAGUAUCUGAGUGCAGGUACACAAGGCGAGAUGGAGCACGCCUUCGCUCCAGUACUGGAAUUCAUGACCAACGUCCAGAAGUAUAUCGGGUUUGAUGACGAGCGAGGGAUCACACAAGAACUGUGCAACAUCACGAGUAGCAUUAUCGAUUGCGCGCGAGUGUUUCUGUCCACUCGGUGCCAGAAUACCAAGGAUGGCCUCGACUUCGUGGCCUGGGGCAAAACCUAUCCGGAGAUCGGGAGGCCGCUGUAUCCUGAGGGACUUAACAACAGCGGGGUCAACUCGCCCCUGUUCCAUGCCUUGGAUACCUUUAUCGGCAUCGAAGACGUGAACCACGAGAUAUACGAACAACAAAUCCGGCGCCGUAUUCUACUGCCACCACCGAUCAAGUUGUUCCUCGAAGCCCUGGGCGAUCGUCGAUAUAGCAUCCGAUCAUAUGCAAACAAAUGCAAGGGCUCGACUGCCGCCACUGCUUUUGAUGUCCUGAUCCAAACAUAUAUUUGGCUCCUGGAGUUGCAUCGGAUGCGAGCGGUUGGCGGGAUCACCAUAGCAGAGGCUUCUGGUCGUCAACAGACAGCCGGCGGAAUGCAUUCGGGAGGCCAGGUCACUUUAGAUGCUAUAAUUAAUGGCCAGCUGACAAAAUCGAUUUCUUCGCGCAUUGGCACACAACGGCAGACUCUCCCAGCGACUAUCAUCUCCGUGUCCCAGUCCGGAACAAAAGCCUCGGUGGUGACCUUGGCUUAUGAUCUUCCAUUGCCCGCCAGAGCUGGAGACAGGAUCCAGAUUUGGCCCGAAACCCAAGAUUCCUCUGCUUCGCAAGAGCCUCGCCAUUACUCGGUAGCAGAUAUCAAAACACGUGGUCUUGCGAGUCAGGUUUCUCUCACAGUUGCUCAAUCGGGAGGCCUCUGCGCUGAAUUCCUUCGGAAUUGUGUGCCGGGGCAACGCAUCCAAACAAGACUGACUCCGGCUCCCAAUUUUUGGUCCCCGGAGAAUUCGGAGGCACCUAUGCUGCUGGUCGCGCAGGGGGUAGGAUUAGGUCCAUUCCUGGGGUUCCUGCGACAGCGAGGAAAUGCACAAAAGGAGGGAAGGAGAACGGGAGAUGUGAUAAUGAUUAUCAGUGCAAAAUAUUGCGAAGAUAUCCCUUACUUCGCUGAGAUUGUCGGUCUAACUCGUGCUCUGCCCCUGACGGUGUACUGUGCUUUACCACAGAGCAAUGCGCGAGUGGUUCGGCAUGGCACAGAGCAGCAAUACAACCGUCCUGCCAAAGCACACGAUAUAAUCCGGAACUUGCACGAGAAGAUCCGAUCCGAUGUGUUUGAAAAGCAAGGACACAUGUAUAUCUGUGGAAGCAUGAGCUUCGGAACGACGAUGCGGUCUAUGCUGCAGGCACAGCGUCUGGUCGACCUCGACCGGUACCACGAAGACUGCUUUGGCGGCCGCACUCUGACCAGGACGCCCGCAGCAACAAUCUCAAUGGCGGAGCUUGCACGCCACAACAAACCACACGACCUCUGGCUGGCCAUUGGAAAUGUGGUUUUUGAUGUAACAACCUUUGCUUCGACUCACCCUGGAGGUGUGAAGACAUUAAUGGAAAGUGCUGGCAUGCCUGCAGACCGCAAAUUUGCCCAGGUCCAUUCUGGGGAUGGCAGUCAGGGAAUUGCGGCUCAGUUAGAGCAGUACGCCAUCGGUGCUCUCAAGCCAGAUAGCCCUCUGUCCUCUGAUCGCAUCCAAAUACUUCACAGCGUCGUCCAGAUGCAGAAUGUACUCGCGAAUAACACGUACUUCGCUCCAGGGCGAAUAAUGCCGUUCUAUGUCUUUGCGGACAGCUUACUGGUCACCUGGGGCAGUAUAUGGUCUCUUUCCUCUGCUGUCAAGGGCGACCAGAGGGCAUCCCUUAUCAUGCAGCACUUGAACGACACGCUUCGAAGCUUCAAAGAAGAAAGUUGGCAGUUUUUGAGUCAAGACUUCGGCCCAGGGUUGGAGAAGAAAGAGCUUCGGCUUCGAGCAGCUUACGCUCCGAUCUGGGACCACUUCGAUUCCGUUUUCGACCAGGCCAAGACGUGCUGCGUGCAAGGCGACAUCGACGAUACACGAUUCGCGGAAUUGUUUGACACCAUCCUCCACGAUUGCAUUUUGAAGACUCAGCGAUCUGUCCAGGGUGGAAUUGAGUCAUUUGAGCCGGCAAAUGUAUGGGUGCAGCUUGAAGAUCGUUGCAAGGAUUUCCAGACGCAGCUGAGCUUGCUGUACCCGAACUCCAAAUGGUUUUCGGUGCACGACGAGCUCGCUGUGGUUGCCCUACUGGUUGUGAUGAUCGUGCUGCCCUGUAUAUAUCAAUUCCGUCAUGUUUUGACCCCGUAG